AAUAUUAGUGAGAUGACCCUUGGCAUCUUUCUAAUACUUAUCCAUCUCGAUUGAAUUAUCCUUUUGCCAAAAUCCCACGUUCCAAACACGAAGCAAGAGGAGCAGUUAACAAAAGACACCCAUUCAAUCACGUGCCAGUCUCGUGGGCGACAACCCCCUACCCCACCAUAACCAUCCUUAACCACAAGGCGGUCACUAGUCUCGGCGGUCUACACCCUCCGCGUCACACACUCGAAUAAACCACCCUAGGUGCCACUGGAUAUGCCGCCACCUGUACCACUCCCUCUCGGAUAUCCUCUCUCGCUCCCCCUAACAGUAAGUUACCCACCACUUUAAAACCGAAUAUCCCAUUUUUAUUCCUUCCAUACGCUUCCCAUUUUGCCACGCCUAUAAAUUCGUCUCACCUGUUCCGUUUCUCCUAAACUCCCCUACUCAUAAUUUUCGAAAGCAAGUUAAUCAUUUAACUGUUUAAUCACUAAUGGCUGGUUUUGUUAGAACCAGAUCGAAGAGGGUCACUUACCCGCUCGACGAUCGGGUGAAAGCGCGACUAGUCGGCGGAUACAGCUCCGGACUCAGUGAUGUCAGCAGCGGAAGCGAGCACUCCGGCGACUACAACUCCCCCUGCCUCUCCGAGCUCGUCCACCGCUUCCUCCAAGACGACGAGUCGUCCGCCGCUGGUUUUCCCGACAACGAGUCCGACUCGGACCGAGUUGACUCGGCCUCAGACGCGGACGCGAUCGACUCCGUCCUUAGGUCCGUGGCCGUUUCCGGAAAUGCGGACUCGUACCUGAAGCUGCUCCGUUCUCACGUUUCCCAGGCGGAGGAGGCAUUCGCGUGUUUGAGAUCCAACGGCGGCGGCAGCAGCAAGUCGACUCUGGGGCGGAGCGUGAUGUCGUUUCUGAGGGGAUUGGGACACAAUGCGGCGAUCUGCAAGACGAAAUGGACCUCCUCCGGCAACAUCACCUCCGGGAGCUACGAGUUCAUCGACGUCGUUCCUGUCCAAUCGGGCUCCUCCAUGAGGCAGAGCCGGUACUUCGUGGACCUCGACUUCGCCGCCCAGUUCGAAAUCGCUCGGCCGUCGAGCCAGUACUCGCGGCUGCUGCAACUUGUGCCCAGAAACUUCGUUGGCAGCUCGGAGGACCUGAAGCGUAUCGUUCGGGUCACGUGCGACGCGGCAAAGAGAUCGUUGAAGAGCACAGAUCUCUCCGUGCCUCCGUGGCGGAAGAACCGUUAUAUGCAGAACAAGUGGUUCGGUCCGUACAAACGGACCGUCAAUCCAUUGACGGAGAGAACCUUCUCGACAGACUCGGCCAUUUUUGCUCCGGUAUCUGGCGCCAAAUGCCGCUAUGUUGGGUUUGACGACACGGUUUCCGACUCCACCGUGAACGGCCGGCUCUAUGUCCGUACUUAACUAGACGAUUUUGGAAUAAUUAGAUCAAAUUAUCGGGUUAAUAAAUUAAAUUAUAUAUAAUGAGAUUUUAUUUUACUUUUGUUUUGCAUUGUAAAACGCGGCAAAUGGACGAACUGUACUUGACGGCGCACCUAGGAUGUACAUCAAACUUCGUAAAUUCAAACAAAUCUAGACGGUUGGUUUUCCA